CACGCAUGCGCCCGGGCCGCAGCCUCGCCGCCGCGCCAUUUUGCCGGGGUUUGAAUGUGAGGCGGAGCGGCAGCAGGGGUGGGUAGUGCCGGCUACAGUUCGCGGCUGAGAUUCCCUUCUCCGUUCCCGUAUCCCCAAGAGAUGUAAGGACUCAGGAAUGGUUCUCUAAUGUGGAGGAAAUAUCUAAGGAAAAGGCACAGAUCUUGGAUCAGCUUAUGUCACAGAUGUCUGUCAGAUGGCCUUGGAAAGCAAAGUUUUUAUUCCAAAAGUCUUCAUCCAUAACUGAGGGCCUGUGGGAAGAGGCUAGACUUAGGUCCAGCCAUUCAUUCAACAAGAAGAACUUGGAAUUUAGAUAAGUCUCUCAUCACUGAUUUACUGUGGUUCUCUGGCAAUGGAGCUCAGUGAUGCAAAUUUGCAAACACUAACAGAAUACUUAAAGAAAACUCUUGAUCCUGAUCCUGCCAUCAGACGUCCAGCUGAGAAGUUUCUUGAAUCUGUAGAAGGAAAUCAGAACUACCCACUCUUGCUUUUAACAUUGCUGGAAAAGUCCCAGGAUAAUGUUAUCAAAGUUUGUGCCUCAGUAACAUUCAAGAACUAUAUUAAAAGAAACUGGAGAAUUGUUGAAGAUGAACCAAACAAAAUUUGUGAAGCUGACCGAGUAGCCAUUAAAGCCAACAUAGUGCACUUGAUGCUUAGCAGCCCAGAGCAAAUUCAGAAGCAGUUAAGUGAUGCUAUUAGCAUUAUUGGCAGAGAAGAUUUCCCUCAGAAAUGGCCUGACUUGUUGACAGAAAUGGUGAAUCGAUUUCAGAGUGGAGAUUUCCAUGUUAUUAAUGGAGUCCUUCGUACAGCACAUUCUUUAUUUAAGAGAUAUCGCCAUGAAUUUAAGUCAAAUGAGUUAUGGACUGAAAUUAAACUUGUUCUGGAUGCCUUUGCUUUGCCUUUGACUAAUCUAUUUAAGGCCACUAUUGAACUCUGCAGUACCCAUGCAAAUGAUGCUUCUGCCCUAAGGAUUCUUUUUUCUUCCCUGAUCCUUAUCUCAAAAUUGUUCUACAGUUUAAACUUUCAGGACCUCCCUGAAUUUUUUGAAGAUAAUAUGGAAACUUGGAUGAAUAAUUUUCAUACCCUCUUGACAUUAGAUAAUAAGCUUCUACAAACUGAUGAUGAAGAGGAAGCAGGCUUAUUGGAGCUCUUAAAAUCCCAGAUUUGUGACAAUGCUGCACUCUAUGCACAGAAGUAUGAUGAAGAAUUUCAACGGUACCUGCCUCGUUUUGUCACAGCCAUCUGGAAUUUACUAGUUACAACAGGUCAAGAGGUUAAAUAUGACUUGUUAGUAAGUAACGCCAUUCAGUUUCUGGCUUCAGUUUGUGAGCGGCCUCACUAUAAGAAUCUGUUUGAGGACCAGAGCACGCUGACGAGUAUCUGUGAGAAGGUUAUUGUGCCUAACAUGGAAUUUAGAGCCGCUGAUGAAGAAGCCUUUGAAGACAAUUCUGAGGAGUACAUAAGAAGAGAUUUGGAAGGAUCUGAUAUUGAUACUAGACGCAGAGCCGCUUGUGAUCUAGUACGAGGAUUGUGCAAGUUUUUUGAGGGACCUGUGACAGGAAUCUUUUCUGGUUAUGUUAAUUCCAUGCUGCAAGAAUAUGCAAAAAACCCAUCUGUCAACUGGAAACACAAAGAUGCAGCCAUUUACCUAGUGACAUCUUUGGCAUCAAAAGCCCAAACACAGAAGCAUGGAAUUACACAAGCAAAUGAACUUGUAAACCUGACUGAGUUCUUUGUGAAUCACAUUCUCCCUGAUUUAAAAUCAGCUAAUGUGAAUGAAUUUCCUGUCCUUAAAGCUGAUGGUAUCAAAUACAUUAUGAUUUUUAGGAAUCAAGUACCAAAAGAACAUCUUUUAGUCUCUAUUCCUCUCUUGAUUAAUCACCUUCAAGCUGAAAGUAUUGUUGUUCAUACUUAUGCAGCACAUGCUCUUGAGAGGCUGUUUACCAUGAGAGGGCCGAACAACACCACUCUCUUUACAGCCGCAGAAAUCGCACCGUUUGUUGAGAUUCUGCUAACAAACCUUUUCAAAGCUCUCACACUUCCUGGCUCUUCAGAAAAUGAAUAUAUUAUGAAAGCUAUCAUGAGAAGUUUUUCCCUCCUACAAGAAGCCAUAAUCCCCUACAUCCCCACCCUCAUCACUCAGCUUACACAGAAGCUUUUAGCUGUUAGUAAGAAUCCAAGCAAACCUCACUUUAAUCACUACAUGUUUGAAGCGAUAUGUUUGUCCAUAAGAAUAACUUGUAAAGCUAACCCUGCUGCUGUUGUAAAUUUUGAGGAGGCUUUGUUUCUGGUGUUUACUGAAAUUUUACAAAAUGAUGUACAAGAAUUUAUUCCAUACGUCUUUCAAGUGAUGUCUUUGCUUCUGGAAACACACAAAAAUGAUAUCCCGUCUUCUUACAUGGCCUUAUUUCCUCAUCUCCUUCAGCCAGUGCUUUGGGAAAGAACAGGAAAUAUCCCUGCUCUGGUGAGGCUUCUCCAAGCGUUCUUGGAACGCGGUUCAAACACGAUAGCAAGUGCUGCGGCUGACAAAAUUCCUGGGUUAUUAGGUGUCUUCCAGAAGCUAAUUGCAUCCAAAGCCAAUGACCACCAAGGUUUUUAUCUUCUAAACAGUAUAAUAGAGCACAUGCCUCCUGAGUCCGUUGAUCAGUACAGGAAGCAAAUCUUCAUUCUACUAUUCCAAAGACUUCAGAAUUCCAAAACAACAAAGUUUAUCAAGAGCUUCUUAGUCUUUAUUAAUUUGUAUUGCAUAAAAUAUGGGGCGCUGGCACUGCAAGAAAUAUUUGAUGGCAUACAACCAAAAAUGUUUGGAAUGGUUUUGGAAAAAAUCAUUAUUCCUGAAAUUCAGAAAGUAUCUGGAAAUGUAGAGAAAAAGAUUUGUGCGGUUGGCAUAACGAAAUUACUAACAGAAUGUCCCCCAAUGAUGGACACAGAGUAUACCAAGCUAUGGACUCCUUUAUUACAGUCUCUGAUUGGCCUUUUUGAGUUACCUGAAGAUGAUACCAUUCCUGAUGAAGAACAUUUUAUUGACAUAGAAGAUACACCAGGGUAUCAGACCGCCUUCUCACAGUUGGCAUUUGCUGGGAAAAAAGAGCAUGAUCCUGUAGGUCAGAUGGUGAACAAUCCCAAAAUUCACCUGGCACAGUCACUUCACAAGCUGUCUACCGCCUGUCCAGGAAGGGUUCCCUCGAUGGUGAGCACCAGCCUUAAUGCGGAAGCGCUCCAGUAUCUCCAGGGCUACCUUCAGGCGGCCAGUGUGACACUGCUUUGACCUGCGUUUUCCAGAUUGGCUAAGCCAAGGAUGGUUUCUGAGGAAAUCACAUAGACGUCUGAGCACAGCUGCAUUAAAGCAAGUUUUCCUUUUGAACUUGUCACAAAUUCCAUCUUGUAAAGAAUAUUAAAUGUUGCUUUAAGCUGAAUCUUGAGCAAAUUAGGUGGUUUGUGUGAUCAUAAAUAGAAGUGGGUGACUUUCCAGUUUGCAGCUUCCAGGGACAGGUAUUAGUUCAGUAUAUGAUCAUGAGUUGAGCAUUUGCACUGUUGGGAUAACUUUAAAAUUCUGAUGGACACUGAGCGUGGAGACUUUUUUCUGUUACUAAAUUGUUUUGUUUUGAGGCAUUGCAAUUUGUGUUUCUCUCCUUUGUAUUUUUGUCUGUUUCCGUAAGCUUUUAUUGGAAAUGUGAGUAAGUAAAGAAUCACUGGUGUAACUUGCCAAGAAAUGCACAUUUCAUAGUUUUAAAUCUAAGAAGUUUUUUUUUUAAAGCCCUCAAAUAUGUAUCUAAGAACAUCUUAAAGACAGGUUUUUGGUGCUAAUACUAUUAUAAUGAGUUUCUUUAAAUAACUGAAAUUCAAACUCAGUCUUUCCUUACCAGGGAAAAGGGAACAUUAAUAAAGGUUUGGGGCUUAUCUAUUAGAACUUUUUUGGACCCAUUUCUAGAUGGCAGCAUGAACUCUGGGCAGAUGGUUCCCUCUGUGGAUCGGGGAAGAGAUGCCCUAGCUGGCUUCACGAGGCUGUUGCGUAGGUUAGACUGCAUAGACGUUUGCCCUUUUUGAGAGUGUCUGUCUUAUCUGCAGAUUGGUGGUUACUUGGAACUUUUCAAAGUACAGCCUGAGGUCUAGGAUGAGCCAUGAGAGUGGGUAUACACUAGCAAACAAGGCUGCCUGGGCAGGUUCUGGAACAGUUGGGUUUUUGGGGAGUAAUCAGACUAGCUCAAUUGAGAGGCAUAGUUUACUUCUGCUGGAAUUGUCCGUUCAGUGCAGAUUAAAUUGAAAUCUCAUUCUGCACACAUCAGUGAUCUCUUUUAAACUUCAGGCACCUGACUUGAAUGUUUUUUCUUCACAUGCUGUUUUUGUAGCGUUGCGUGAGAAACCCUCCAGCUUAAUCAGUCUAAGUGUUGUAUCAAUCAUUUUUUUUUUGUCUUGACAUAGUAAUGGAAGCAUUAAAUCAUAUAUCACUAUUUAAGUGGUCACUGGCAAGAUAUUGAGAUAUUAUUGGGAUCUACUUUUGAAGUAUAAUUUAAUACAGGUAAAAAAUCUGUAGUGGAAAACAGUCGGUGGUGAUGAUUUUUGUUUGCUGCUUCUUACAUAAGCUCCGAGAGCACCUGUUUGGCAACGAUCGGGUAGAGCUCUUGGUGAACAGUUAAGUAAAUAACACAGCACAUUCUGUUGCAGAGAACCCUUGCUUCAGCAUCUUAGCCUCGGAGGACUGAGCACGUUGUGAAUUUUUUCCUCCUCAAAACCACCAGAAGAUGGUUUGUCUUUGUAAAUGUGCCUUUUAAAAUAGUUUCUGAACAGAAAGACUGGUACCUUUCCUAUCCUUUACUCUGGCACAAGUCAUUAAUUCUGCUAAUGUUUAAAAAUGCUUUAAAUGGAGGUUUCUCAUUCCAUCAUCUUAGACAGUUUACCUAGCUUUUAAAGAUUUUAACAGCUGGUAUGUAGUGAGUUUCUGACAGGUCUUAGUGACUUUCUCAGUGUGGUGAUGCCAAUUCUUUGUGGAUGUAAAGAGUUGGAUUCAUACUUUGAGAUUGGGCCAACCUGGGUUUGAAUUACUCUGCGUGUGACAUGUAUGACCUUGAGCAAAUGACUCAGCCUCUCCACUUUGA